AUGACAAAAGUUGCUGUCGAUGCAAAUAAUUAUGAACUGACUGAAUAUGAUUCACAACGUGUGAUAUCACCGACUGGAUCUAAUAAAGUUGAUCAGAAAUCAGCUGCUUAUGAAAAUCCUGUAUUUUCGGAUCAACGACCAUCAAUAACAAAUCUUGGAAAUGGAACAAUUGUAACAACAAAAUUAGAAAUAAAAAAUGAUGAAGAAGAACAAGAUGACGAUGAUGAUGAAGAUAAGAAUAAUGCAGGAUUUGAAAAACUAACAGGAGAUGGACAUAAACUCGGUUUAUUUGUAUUGAGUAUGCAUCAAUUUUUGGUUCGAACAAUUAUGAAAGAAUCAAAAGUGGCAUUUAAUGCAAUAAAAAUAUUGCUUGUAGUUGGUUUUAUAAUUUUUUUUGGUUUUGCUAUGAGUGAAAACUUUGGAACACCUGCUUUCCCUAUACGUGGAAAUGUUUUUUAUGGAAAUCAAGGUUUUGCUCUAUUCAUUCUUGUUGUUAUUGGUGUUUUUUUUAUUGCAUGGGAAAAUUUUCUUCGACGUUUAUUAGGACGUCUAUUUAAAUUUAUUUCAAGAGGAACUGGGAAUAAUCCAGUAUGGAUCCGAAUUCACAAACUAUGGAAAAGAUUCACAUGGGUUGCACAUGUUUUAGUUUUUCUUGCUGUUGCUAUUUAUAUUGGUUUAACAGUAACUCAAGUAAGAAAUUUAGUUUCACUUAUUGGCAUUUUUGUAUUAAUUAUACUUGGAACACUCGGUUCAAAAUUUCCUCAUCGAGUAGGAAAAAUUGCAUGGAUUAUGCAGAAGUGUUUGAAUACAACAGCAGCUGAAUCAAUGAAUGCAGCUGCAAAUAUAUUUGUUGGUAUGAGCGAAGCACCAUUGUUGAUUAUGCCAUUAAUACCGAACAUGACAACAUCUGAACUUCAUGCUGUAUUAGUUGGUGGUUUUGCAACAAUGGCAGGAUCUGUUCUUGCUACAUUCAUACUUUUUGGUGUUCCGGCAAACCAUUUAAUUGCUGCUAGUGUUAUGGCUGCGCCUGGCGCACUUGGAUUUGCGAAACUUUUGUUACCAGAAACACAUAAAACAAAAACAUCAUGGGAAACUGUACAAAAUGUACCGCUAAGUGGGCAACACAAUGCAAUUGAUGCUUUAAUGACUGGGGCUGGAAAUGCAUUAAAAAUUUGUGGUUAUCUUAUUGCAAAUUUAAUAGCAUUUAUGAGUGUUCUCAAUUUUCUUGAUGUAUCAAUAUCAUGGUUGUUUAAUCUUGUACGUCAUCCUGAAGUUAAUUUUCAAUAUUUACUUGGUUUAAUCUUUUAUCCAUUUGCACUUAUAACCGGUAUAUCAUUUCGUGAUUGUCUUCUUGCAUCGAAAUUAAUCGGCAUUAAAGUUAGCAUAAAUGAAUUUAUUGCUUAUCAAGAACUUGGUAAAAUUCGUGGUUUACGUGAUGCCCUUAUGGCGAAUAAUACAUUUCCAUUGUAUUUAAAUGGUACAUUAAAAUUACCAAGUGAUGUUUCAAUGUUAUGGGAUGAAAAUUCAGUAGUUAUUUUGACUUAUGCUCUAUGUGGAUUUGCUAAUUUUGGCUCAAUGGGAAUUGCAUUAGCAGCACUUAGUGUAUUUGCACCUACACGAAAACGUGCUUUGAUGGAAAUUGCACCACGUGCAUUGAUUGGUGGUAAUAUGGUUUCAUUGAUGACUGCAUCGAUUGCUGGUAUAGAUAUGAAGAUUUAA